AUGCCGUCUGCUGAUCUGAAAACGUCUUCCUGCAUACUUUCCGUCCGAGCUCGAACCCUGAUCACAAUCAACGGUGGAUUUGUGAUUGGCGAGGGCCCAAAUACGGAGAGGUCCGAUUUCCCGCAGGGCUACACCUUCUACCGGGAGCCAGCCUCCGUUGUCGUCCAUGGAAACUUUCUUCGCUAUCCAGCCGUGCUGAAGAGUAUCAAUUUCAUCGGAGAAGAAAAUCGAUGUACGUCACGGAUUCUUUUUCAAAGGGUUAACUGCUGUAUGAGUUACAUUUUCGGAACGUUCUAUUGUAAGAAGACCGGAAGUUACGUAUACCAGGUGGAAGUGAAUCCAGCUACAACAGCUCCGCCGCCGUCAACAACGGCGCCGGCUCCAUUGGUCAGAUGCAAGAACAAUGGUGUCUUUAUCAAGAACCUUGACGGUUCCACCUACUGCUACUGUACUGGACUGUUUAGUGGACCUGACUGCGGCACAAGACUUUGUACUAAUGGAGGCUCACUGGAUGUGGCUAACAAUAAGUGCCUCUGUACUGAUGGCUUUGCGGGUGAUUUCUGUGAAAACGUGCACUGCAAUGACAACACCGGCUUAGGCUUCGACGCAGAACAUCCCACACUUACGCUGGUGAUUCGAACUCGUACCCAACUGGGCGAUGUAAUCACACAGGUAUCGAAUGCUGUUGCGGCCGUGAUCAACGACCUCACGUUCGAUCCCACUUAUCUUCGACGUUUUGUGCUGGUGCUGUUCAAUAAUAAUCGGAUAACAACAACGCCGUACUCCGAUCCCAAUUCGCUAUUGAGCGCUCUGAAUGACGCUGCAAGGACGAGCGAUUCGAACGGGACCUGUGUUGAUAUGGACUUCGUGGCGCUC